AUGAACUCUUUUCUUUCCGGAAUAGGAUACAUUGUUAAUGCCCUUGAACAUCGUCUUGGUAUGGAUUUAAAUGGUGAUGGAUACAUUGGUGGACAAGGCUAUUUAGCUAUGAUGGAACGCAUGAUGGGCCUAGAUAUUAAUGGUGAUGGUUAUCUUGGUCGUCGACCAGAUGUUGUCCCAGGUUAUCCUGCAGUAUUCGGUUAUCCUUCAAUGGUAUAUAAUCGACAUGGUCAGAUUUAUCCUACAAAUAGCUAUGUCGCCUCUAAUCAUGGUCAUCGUUAUUAUUAA